AACUCUGUCCCAGAAGUAGUAUAACUUCUCCUGCCUUCUUCUGUGUUAGCGAGUAGCGAGAGAGAGAGAGAGAGAGAGAGAGAGAGAGAGAGAGAUGGAGAGUUGGUUCUUACUGCCAAAAAUCGAACUCCACGCUCACCUCAAUGGCUCCAUAAGAAAUUCCACGUUACUUGAACUUGCUAGAGUUCUGGGAGACAAGGGUGUCCUAGUUUUCGCUGAUGUGGAACAUGUGAUCAUGAAAGAUGACCGAUCUUUGCCUGAGUGCUUCAAGUUGUUUGAUCUUAUCCAUAUACUUACCACUGAUCAUGCGACUGUCACACGAAUCACUAAAGAAGUUGUUGAAGACUUUGCUGCUGAGAACACUGUCUAUCUAGAGCUAAGGACAACACCUAAGAAGAAUGAAUCAAAAGGGAUGAGCAAACGCUCUUACAUGGAAGCUGUGAUAAAUGGUCUGAGGAGCAUUGAUGCAGUUAAUGUUGUUUUUACUCCUGCUUGUGGAAGAACAGAAAUCUCCAUAUCUCCCACUAUCAAUGAUUCUUGUAACGACCCAACAAGAAGAAAGAUAUAUGUUCGCCUUCUUCUCAGCAUUGAUCGUCGUGAAACCACUGCAGCAGCAAUGGAAACUGUUCAACUAGCACUGGAAAUGAGGGAUCUUGGGGUAGUUGGUAUUGACCUUUCUGGCAAUCCUGUUGUAGGGGAAUGGGAAACAUUCUUGCCAGCGUUAAAAUUUGCCAGGGAACAAGGUCUUUCUAUUACACUUCAUUGUGGUGAGGUGCCUAAUCAGAAGGAAGUCCAAGCAAUGUUGGAUUUUCUUCCCCACAGAAUUGGCCAUGCCUGUUGCCUUCAAGAGGAGGACUGGAGAAAGCUGAAGUCAUCCAAAAUUCCGGUUGAGAUUUGUUUGACAUCCAACAUCAGAACUGAAACCAUCUGUUCCUUUGACAUUCAUCAUUUUGCCGAUCUUUACAACGCAAAGCACCCAUUAGUUUUGUGCACUGAUGACACAGGGGUUUUCUCAACCAGUCUUUCCCGUGAGUACAGCAUUGCAGCAGCUUCAUUUGGUCUUGGCAAGAGAGAAAUAUUUCAGCUGGGAAGGGAUGCUAUUGAAUAUGCAUUUGCUGAUGAUGGAGUGAAGAAGGAUCUAAGGGAAAUCUUUGAUUCGACUGUUAAAAAGCUGGGAUUGUGAUUUCAUGAGAAUGUAAAUGCAGCAUGUUGUAUGUCAAUAGGCAGCAUAUCUCUGAUAAAAGACACGAUUUUUGAUUCUGUUCUAGUAAUAGUAGAACAUGCCUCUGAUUAUGAGGUUUUGUAUUAGACUAUAAUGGAUUAUUCUAAUGAAAACAAUUUCGAGCAUAUGGAUUUCCACCUGGCAUUUAUUUA